AAACUGUCAACUACACUAAAGUCCAAGAUCCAAAGGGCGUCUUUUUUCAUUUCAGAUUAACCUCAUUUUCAUAUGUAUGUACAAUAGUUUUAGAAAGUACACCUUGACUCCAGUAGUCUGUUCCGUUCGCUACGAAAAUAAUACAUUGGUUUGUCUCUUUAAACACACGCCCAUAGCCUCACUAGGUUUCGAAUUCGACCUGCUUUGGACUGGUAUGUUUGUCACUGCCUCAUAUUCCUCCACGUAAUGUUUUCCUCAGCCACACAUUAACGAGCCGCCUGAAUUUUUUUCCCCAAAUCAGCUGAGACGAUCACAAUGAGUUUAACAGAAGCCACACUUCUCCAAGCUGAACUGUGCAAGCUUGAAUGUCACUUCACCUGGGAGCUGAAGAAAGAAGACCUAGAUCUCACAGAUCUUUUAAAUAGGCUUGAACAGCAUGUCGACUUGAAGCUUGGGGGGGAAGCUGGACUUGCGCAGACAUACAACUGUUUGGGAUUUGUGAAGUAUCUUCUAGGGUCUCCUCAUGACGCUCUCACCGUCCUGCAGAAGAGUGUAGAGCUCACUAGAGAGUGCCGGGAGAAUGGCUGUGAGAAAUGGCUUAUAGUGCCCUAUGGGAAUCUGGCCUGGCUUCAGUACCACAUGAAGUGCUUUAAUGAAUGUGAGAGUUACCUGGAGAAGCUUAGAAGUAUUGCACAGAAUUUCCCUGAGUCUGCUUUGGGUCAUCAUCAUGAAGUGCUUGGAGAAAAGGCCUGGGCCUUCUUCAAGUUCUCUCGCAAGUACUACAACCAGGCUAAAGAGUGCUUUGAGAAGGCUUUGGAGCUAGAGCCCAUGAAUGCUGAGUGGAAUUGUGGUUAUGCCUUUGUUCUCCACAGACUAGAAACAAAGUCCUCCGGUGUAACCGACUCUCCAACAGUUAAACAACUGCGGCGGGCCUUAGACACAAAUUCGGAAAAUGAUGAGCUUAAAGCUAUCCUAGCAGUCAAGCUUGCUCAGUCCACGGAAUACGACGAAGGGGAGAGAUUAAUGGAAGAAGCUGUGGAGGGUUCUCCAAAUGCUCCUAAUGUCAUUCGAUAUGUGGGUAAAUUUUUGAGGGCCUAUGGCGAUGUAGAGAGGUCCAUCGCCCUUCUAAAAAGAGCUUUAGAGAAAUCACCCGCAUCUGCUUUCAUACACCAUCAGCUGGCUCUCUGCUACAAGAGAAAAACAACUUCUUUGCAACGUGAAGGAAGUCAAAACUCUCGUAGUUCUGGUGCUGAGAUUCAGAGACUUCGCAGUCAGUGCAUUUAUCAUUUAGACAAGGCGACAGAACUGAAACCUGGCUUUAUUAUAGCUAUGACUGAGCUGGCAAUUCAGUACAGCGAGGAUGGGAAACUUGAUCGUGCGGAAGAGAUGUUUCAGCAAACUCUUCAGAUAGCUGAAGAGAAAAAUGAAGGCCAACAACAAGUGUAUCUGAGUUAUGCACAGUUUCUGCAGUACAGAAGGAGAGACCUACCCGAAGCCAUCACUUAUUACAUGGAAUGUCUGAAGAUAGACGAAGACACAAUAAAUGGACAGAAAAGUGCUAAACAUCUGAACAAGAUUAAUGAUAGACGUUCAUCUAAAAGCCCUGGGAGUGGAGGAGCUCGGAGGACCUUUGUAAGGAAAGAGGAGAGAAAUGCAGGGCCGUAAAGAGAUGAGAAAAUUCUGCAAAAUAUUCACAAACAUUUUUGAAUAUCUUAAUAUUCUGUGUAUGCUGGGCUGUCUUUAUAACAGUGUAAUUUCAGAGUUCAACAAAAAAAUGAAAGGCAACACUAAUAUUUCUUUUUAACAGACACAGUCAGAUGGGCAGUAUUAAACAUGUACACUUUAUUACUUUAACAGAAAUAAAUGUUCAUUCAAGAUAACAGCAUUGGAUCAGUACAGAAGAUUUAUUUCACUGGGCUAAGCUUUUAUUAAUCAUAAUUUAGUUUGAAACAGGUUUAUUGUAUAAGACUUUGUAACUCUUUAUUCUUUCAUAAAAUAAAGAUGAUAUGUAAAACUAGCUAAUAAAAAGGUCACUAAAACCUAUUUUAAUGUCAUUGUACUUGAUAUAAACAUUGUGUGACAACAUGGCGGCUUCCAACAAUCAUCCAAGAUUGUAGUGAGUUAAAUCAGCACUGCCCUCUUGUGGCACUCAUUUCUUUUCCAAGCUGAAUCAUGUUAACAAAUCCUGGUCUUGCCUACUUCAUGAAGUCUUGCACAAUUCUGUUCAUAAGAAAAUAUACUUUUUUUUUUUUUUUUUUUUUUUAC